AGAACUUCCUUAACCUUAUUACUUAACCAUGUUACAAAAGAUAAAUAGUUCCUACCUUAGAAUUGUGAAGACUGGAGAUAAUGUAUAGAAAGCACUUAGCAUAUAGCAUCAGCAACUAGUAAAAGAGGUAUUUUCCUUGCAAAUAUUUCUCCUCCUUCCCCAGUAACAUUAUUUUUAUCUUGUGGCCUCCACACUUCAAAUUACCUAGGAUCCUGGGUGAGUUUUCCAAACCCUUAGUAUACUUCCUGUGCCCCCACUUCCCUUGGUACCUUCCAGCUGGACACAAACUCAUUCCUAAAAUAUGCAGAUAGAAGCCUUGGUAACCAUGGAGACAGGGCAGGUGGCACGGAGAGGCAGAAAUAGAUUGGAAGAGAGAAGACGAGGAGUGAUUCAGGCAGGCACCUUCAAGUGAGAUGGAAAAAGGAGUCUAGGGAAGGAAUAAUGAGAUGUAAUGAGAGGGUGUGUAUUAGAAGUUUCGCUCUAUGGACACCCCCUAAAAGGGAAAGAAAAAUCUGGAAAUGCCCCUUGCCCUAAAAAUGUCCGGGGGUACCCGCCUUCCUCUCAUCUAAGGAAGAAGUGUGAGGGAGCUGAGACCGACCCAAGCGUCUCUAGGAUGUGUGCUGUUGAGAGGGCAGUGGCGAUGUACUGCUGUGUCUGAUUCCAGGCCACUCUUUUCCUGGCAUUUAAACUACGAGAAAGCAGUCACAUCUCUUGCCUCUCUGUGCACUACGUGUGGACGCCACUGCAGAUCCCAGUUGCCUCCCUGCACCCCUCUGCACAGUGUGCCAUAUGCCGUAUGUGGCAGUCAGGUCUGGCGCAUUGGCGCUCAUGGAGAUCUGCUGCAGCUCAGAAGAAUCCGGAUGGUUCCUGAAUGGGUCACGGAAGAGUGCCCUAAAGAACACUUAGGUUUGUUGGGGCUGAGGGGAGGUGGGUUAAGAAAGAGAAGUCAAGAUUGGAGCUUCUAGGUUUUUUUAAGGUUUAUGUGUGUGUGCAUGGGUGGGGAGCGGCUUGGUGCCGGACGCCCCCACCCGCAGAGACUGGGCUAUAAAUAGCACAUCAGAGCUCCGCCCCCCCACCCCCCACCCCACUUCUCUCCUCCGGAGCCGGCGCUGUGCCCGGGGCGCACCGGGAGGAGGGACCAGGAUCCACCGCCGGGGCGCAGAUACUGACACCCAGGGAAUCCGGGUGCCCCCCCAUGCCAUGUGGGCCCCCAGGCACCCGGCUCCUCCGCCCCGGAGGCCCCCGUGGCCCCGGCUUCAAUCCUGGCCAGGCAGAGAUUCCGCGGACAUUCAGGUCCCAAAUGCAAGCUGCUUCCUUCCCCCUACUCAAUUUUUGGGGAUGUGGCAAUCUAAAAGAGGGAUAGGCUUCACCACAGAGACCUCAGGCCUCUCCCAGCCACCACCCCCACACCCCUAGCCAUCUUCGGCAAGUCCCAGUCCCAGAUCCACCGGUGCUCUCGCCCCAGCCGCAGCUAUGCUGCACACCGAAGGCCACGCUCUUCUUCGGGCCGUGGGUCAGGGUAAGCUACGCUUGGCCCGUUUGCUUCUGGAGGGAGGAGCCUACGUGAAUGAGGGUGAUGCCCAAGGGGAGACUGCGCUAAUGGCGGCCUGUAGGGCCCGCUACGACGACCCCCAGAACAAGGCACGCAUGGUUCGCUACCUCCUGGAGCAAGGCGCGGACCCCAACAUCGCAGACCGCUUAGGGCGCACGGCGCUCAUGCACGCUUGCGCCGGGGGUGGGGGAGCCGCGGUGGCCUCUCUGCUCCUUGCCCACGGCGCAGACCCCUCGGUCCGAGAUCACGCGGGUGCCUCGGCGCUUGUCCACGCUCUGGACCGCGGGGACCGCGAGACCCUUGCCACGCUGCUGGACGCCUGCAAGGCCAAGGGCACGGAGGUCAUUAUCAUAACCACCGAUACCUCACCCUCGGGCACCAAGAAGACCAGGCAGUAUCUCAAUUCUCCCCCGUCCCCAGGGGUAGAGGACCCUGCACCCGCUCCUCCUAGCCCAGGGGUCUGCACGUCGCCUUCGGAAAUCCAACUGCAAUCUGCAGCAGCAGGAGGAGGACGGGGCUUGCUAUCCCCUCGCGCCCAGGAAGAAGAAGAGAAACGGGACGUGUUUGAAUUCCCUCUUCCUAAGCCUCCUGAUGACCCUUCCCCUUCUGAGCCUCUUCCCAAACCGCCUCGACAUCCUCCCAAACCACUCAAAAGGCUCAACUCCGAGCCCUGGGGCCUGGUGGCUCCUCCUCAACCCGUCCCUCCUGCUGAAGGGAGGCCGGGGAUGGAGCGCUUGACCUCCGAAUUCAACGGCCUGACCCUGACUGGUAGACCCCGUCUUUCCAGGCGUCACAGCACCGAAGGCCCGGAGGACCCGCCCCCAUGGGCGGAGAAAGUGACGGGCGGGGGUCCCCUCUCGCGACGGAACACUGCGCCUGAGGCUCAGGAGUCUGGUCCUCCAUCAGGGCUAAGGCAAAAACUGAGCCGUAUGGAGCCGGUGGAGUUCGACACCCCUGGACAUUUUUGCCCUGACUCGCCCGAGUCCAGCCGCCUGUCCCUGGAGCGUCGGCGGUACAGCGCCUCCCCGCUGACCCUCCCUCCCGCGGGCUCGGUUCCAUCCCCACGCCAGUCCCAGGAAAGUCUGCCCGGGGCUGUCUCCCCGCUGAGCGGACGGAGGCGGAGUCCGGGGCUGCUGGAGCGGAGGGGCUCCGGGACCUUGCUCCUGGACCACAUCUCCCAAACGCGUCCUGGUUUCCUGCCUCCGCUCAACGUCAGCCCCCACCCACCCAUCCCCGACAUUCGUCCCCAACCCGGAGGUCGGGCGCCUUCACUGCCUGCCCCUCCUCAUGCUGGGGCGCCAGGGUCUCCCAGGACCAAGCGCAAGUUGGUGAGACGCCACUCCAUGCAGACUGAGCAGAUUCGCCUGCUAGGGGGCUUCCAGAGUCUGGGCGGGCCAGGGGAACCAGGGCGCUGAGAGAAGGGAGAGGAGCCGAGGAGGGAGAGGAUCAGGACCCUGAUGGGACAGGCGGGAGAACCAGCUCAUCCCACGGACAUAGGGAUCUCUUGCAUGUGCUCACAGCACUGUGCACGCACACAUGGGUAAGCAUGUGUCCACAAGCACAGUAGACUUACUACCACGGAAGGAUAAAUACUGUAUUUACUGGGUGUAUAGACCCAUGCAUUCGUGCCCUGGUCAUUUCACACGCAUGUGGGAUUACUUGGGUACCCAUAGGCACAGCACACCAACAGACACAGAGGCCCACUUGUGCUAGGGUCCCAGACUCACUUGCAUUUGUUCGGAAGCAGCAGGGAGCCCCUACUUAUGGCUAAACUCCUGUAUCUUUGCCUUCCUGCAGAAAGAGCCCCUCGCUUUCCAUGUGUGCCCUGCAACACAGCCUCUCAUGACUUUGAACACUCUGCUUGCUCUUCAUGAACAUUUCGCCUCAUUCUGCAGGGCUUGUUCCCCCAUCCAUGCCUGGCUCCUUGUUCACACCCUGUUUCCGGCCCCAACCACUUUCCAGGACAUCUUCACUUUUCUCCGGGUUCCAGCAGCAGCCCUCCACCCCCCAGGUCUGCUGCUGCCCUUCAUUCCCUCAACCUCACUUCUGGCUUCCUGCUUUUGAUUCCCACCCUGCUCUACCUGAACACUACAACAGGUUGUCUUGUUUUCCCACGGUGUGGGUCAUGGGAUCUAAGUUGCUCUUCUGUAUGUCUGAGCUUAUGAACACCCCACACACACAGGUAAAGUGGGGAGUAACCCUAAAUCACUCUCUCCACUUGACAUGUCAAAUAAAUGUGUUCAGAAGUC